AUGGCUUUCCAUUCCUUUUUCUUUACCCUUCUAACCUUCUCAUUAUCCUUCCAUGGAAUCUUCGCCGUCGACUACCAAGUGAUCAACGAGGCCACCACCACUCCCGGCGGCAUCCGUUUCACCAACGAAAUUGGAAUCCCCUACACGAAGCAAAUAAUGGGUACCAUCAACGACUUCAUAUGGUCCGUCAUCUUACAAGAACACAACCCUUCAGACCAAAAGCCCGUGGAGUCCGUGAACAUUUAUAUCAAGGAAUACAAAGGAGCCGAAGCAAUCACUUGGGGAGAUUAUAUUAACGUUAGUUCCAUUUAUUUAGAAGGCUACCAAGGCGACGUGAAAUGGGAAUUCACGUCCCUUUUGUACCACGAAAUGACCCACGUCUUUCAAUGGAAUGGCGAGGGUCAAGCGCCUGUUGGAUUGGUGGAAGGGGUUGCGGAUUACACGAUUCUAAAAGCAAACUAUUUCCCACCGGCCUUUGCCAAACCGGGAGAUGGAGAUAGGUGGGACCAGGGAUAUGAUUUCACAGCCCGUUUUCUCGAGUAUUGUGAUGGGAUCACCUCAGGGUUCGUGGCGAAGCUAAACAAGAAAAUGAGAUAUUCUUUCGACAUCAAGUAUUUUGAAGAUUUGACUGGGAAGCCCGUAGAUCAACUAUGGCAGGAGUACAAGGCUAAAUAUGGCCAUUGA